AUGAGCUUUUUUUCUUACGAAAUACCACGUUUAAUAGAACCUUGGAAUAUUAUUGAAACGCCCUUCUUAACAAAAACAGAUAAUAAUAAAAACCGUGAGAUAAACCGACAGACAGACAGGUUACAGCCACCGUUCAAAUGGACAUGUAAGAAGAGAGAGGAUCAGCCCGGAGUUUCGGUGACAAUGUCCGAAUUCCUGACAACCCACACAUACCUACGCAAAUAGAGGAGAUGCCAAGCAGUGAUACGACCACAGCAUUAGUGCAUGUGAAAAAAUGAAUACCUUCAUAUAUGUUUUAAAAAUGUGGAGACCUGUGGUCUGCCCAAAUCACAUACACAUACAUAUAACGAUCAUUAAUAAUAAUAAAUCACUGACAAUAAUAUAGAGA